CAUGUUGGUAGUUGUUUUUGUUGUUAGUUGUUGUUGGGUAGCAGGGUCAGAAAACAUAACCUGUUUAUUGUUUCGUCCGUAUCUUGAUACUAUGCUACGCCGGUGACAGAUUAUAAUCAUGAAUUUGAAUGACUUUUAAGUAUUAUGGACAACGCCUUUAGGCACUAAGAUCGUAAACGUUCCAUAUUUUAUGAAGCUUUUCAUAAGUUCUUUUUGAACUAGUUCCCACAAUGUUCUCUGUGUGUCGUCAAACACACCCAGCAACAGCUGUUGAACAUGCCAUUACGUGUAACUUCUUCAACCGAAAUGAACGAUCAUUAGUAGUUGCUGGAGCUAACAUACUUCGUGUGUUCCGACUUGUCCCAGAUGCAAUACCCAACAAAAAUGAAAUUCAAAGAAACAGGGGGCCACCUGUUAUGAAAUUAGAAUGUUUGGCAACGUACCAUUUAUUUGGAAAUGUCAUGUCACUCCAGGCAGUAUCUUUGGCAGGAUCAGGACGAGAUGCGUUACUACUGUCUUUUAGAGAUGCCAAGUUAUCACUUGUGGAGUAUGAUUUGGACACGCACAAUCUUAAAACCUUGUCUCUCCAUUAUUUCGAAGAAGAGGACAUGCGGGGUGGUUGGAUGCAUAACUUCCAUAUCCCAAUGGUGAGGGUGGACCCAGAAGGUCGUUGUGCUGCUAUGUUGGUGUAUGGUCGUAAGCUGGUGGUCCUGCCAUUCCGACAUGAAUCUGUAGUUGAAGAUCCUGAUGCUACAUCUGCUGAAGCCAAAGGUAGUGGACCCACCAAUACAUCUGGUACAAGUGUUAUGGCCUCCUACAUGAUCAUCCUCAAGGAUCUUGAUGAGAAAAUGGAUAAUAUAAUUGACAUCCAAUUUCUUCAUGGCUAUUAUGAACCCACUGUUCUUAUACUAUAUGAACCAGUCAGAACAUUCCCAGGGAGGAUAGCUGUAAGACAAGAUACUUGUUGUAUGGUCGCUAUAUCAUUAAAUAUCAUGCAACGAGUUCAUCCUGUAAUUUGGUCUGUGUCUAACUUGCCAUUUGAUUGUGUUCAAGCACUUGCUAUUGAAAAGCCUCUAGGUGGUACUCUUAUAUUAACCACAAAUGCUAUUAUUUAUCUAAAUCAGAGUGUUCCUCCAUUUGGAGUGUCUCUUAAUAGUGUAACUGAUAUAAGCACCAAUUUCCCUCUGAAAGUCCAGGAAGGUGUUUGCAUGACUUUAGAGGGAGCGCAAGCAGCCUUUCUCUCGCAUGACCGUGUUGUACUCUCGCUGAAAAAUGGUGAACUGUAUGUUCUUACUAUAUAUGCCGACAGCAUGCGUAGUGUACGCAAUUUUCAUUUUGAAAAGGCAGCUGCCAGUGUCCUGACAACCUGUAUGUGUAUGUUUGAAGAAAACUACCUAUUUUUGGGGUCACGUCUUGGAAAUUCCCUGCUGUUACGUUUCACUGAAAAAGAACAGAGUACAACCCUAAAACUAGAAGAAAGAAGAGAGCCAGUGGCUAAAAAGAAGCGUUUGGACACCUUGGGAGAUUGGAUGGCAUCUGAUGUAGCAGAUAUCAGGGAUCCUGAUGAGUUAGAAGUGUAUGGACGAGAACAUCAAGCUUCCACCAUUCAGAUUGCUUCCUAUGUGUUUGAGGUAUGCGACAGUUUGCUGAACAUAGGCCCCUGUGGUGAUGUUGCAAUGGGUGAGCCAGCAUUUUUAUCCGAAGAAUUCUCUUCAAACACUCAAGAUCCUGAUAUUGAGCUUGUAACUACAUCCGGCUAUGGCAAAAAUGGGGCUCUUUGUGUCCUUCAACGUAGUGUGCGCCCUCAGGUUGUCACUACAUUUGAACUACCUGGUUGUAUUGAUAUGUGGACUGUUAUCAGCUCAAGCCAUGUUGCAGAUGAUAUUUCUGUUAUUGACAAUGAUCCAACCCAUGCUUUUCUCAUUCUAAGCCAAAGAUCUUCUACUAUGGUGUUGCAAACAGGCAGAGAAAUUAAUGAAGUGGAUCAAUCAGGUUUUAGCACAGAAGGAGCCACUGUUUAUGCUGGAAAUCUAGGACUGAACAAGUAUAUUAUCCAGGUAUCACACUUGGGGGUGCGACUUCUUCAAGGUGAUGAACAAGUGCAACAUAUACCUUUGGAUCUUGGUUCACCUGUGACCUUCGCAUCAUCUGCUGACCCUUAUGUUGUCAUCUUGACGGAGGAUGGUCAAGUUAUGUUGCUUACACUUCGAGAAGGCCGGGGAGAAACCAAACUGCAUGUCACACGGCCUCCAAUAUCACUGAAACCACAAAUAACUGCUCUGUGCACAUACCGAGAUGUAAGCGGAUUACUGACCUUCUCACUCACAGAGGAGUAUACAACAGAUAUUGCAGAGGAGACUGCGCAAAAAGUGGAUCCCACAAAAAAUGAAGUGGAUGAUGAAGAUGAUCUUCUUUAUGGUGAUACUGAUCCUACAACUUUGUUUACAAUGCCAAACCCGGUAGAAACUCAACCUUCAACUUCUUCCAAGAGUGUACCAUGGUGGCAUAAACGGAUGCAGAAAGUGGAUCCAUCAUUCUGGCUCUUCCUCAUUCGUGAAAAUGGUUUGAUGGAAAUAUAUACAUUGCCUGAAUUCAAAUUAAGUUACAUUGUAAGAGGCUUGGGGCAAGGCCUCAGAGUACUUACUGACAGUUUAGAAGCUACACCAACCCCACUACCUCAAGGAGAUUCAGGACUUAGCCCAGACCUUCUGGUACGAGAGCUUUUGGUAGUUGGGCUUGGUCAUCAUGGCAACCAACCUCUUUUACUUGCUCGCACAGACGAUGAACUUCUCAUCUAUCAAAUAUAUAGAUAUCCUCGAGGAAAUUUGAAAAUACGUUUCAGCAAAGUGAAUCAUAGUGUUCUCAUCAGAGAGCGGAAAACAAGAGGCAAGAAAACAGAAGACAAACUAAACCGUGUUACCCAACUCCGUUACUUUGGAAAUAUUGCAGGAUACAAUGGAGUAUUUGUAUGUGGGGCAUACCCUCAUUGGUUAUUCCUCACAGCUAGGGGAGAACUCCGCUCUCAUCCCAUGAAUAUUGAUGGUCCUGUGAUGUGUUUUGCUCCUUUCCACAAUAUUAACUGCCCUCAAGGAUUUCUUUACUUCAACAAAAAGAGUGAAUUGCGCAUUUGUGUGCUUCCAACUCAUCUGUCAUAUGAUGCUACAUGGCCAGUUCGCAAAGUACCUUUGCGUUGCACUCCACAUUUUGUCACUUAUCACUUGGAGAGUAAAACAUUUUGUGUUGUCACAAGUUCAAUAGAAGCAUCAAACAAAUACUACCGUUUUAAUGGGGAAGACAAAGAGCUCUCUGAAGAAGAACGCAGUGAGCGAUUUCCACUUCCUCUUCAAGAACGCUUUAACAUUCUUCUGUUCUCCCCUGUGUCAUGGGAAGUCAUUCCAAACACCCGUGUGGAGCUAGAGGACUGGGAACAUGUGACCUGCUUGAAGACUGUAAGUCUAGCCUAUGAGGGUACUAGAAGUGGUCUGAAAGGCUAUGUAGCAAUUGGUACAAAUUACAACUAUGGGGAGGAUGUAACUAGCCGCGGAAGAAUUAUUAUCUAUGACAUUAUUGAAGUUGUGCCAGAGCCUGGUCAGCCACUUACCAAAAAUAGGUUUAAGUGCCUCUACUCAAAGGAACAGAAGGGACCAGUAACAGCUAUUUCUCAGGUUCUUGGUUUCCUUGUGUCUGCUGUAGGACAAAAGAUAUAUAUAUGGCAACUAAAAGAUGAUGAUUUAGUAGGUGUCGCCUUCAUUGAUACACAAAUUUACAUCCAUCAAAUUAUCACUAUUAAAAACAUGAUACUAGUAGCCGAUGUCUUCAAGUCCAUUAGCCUGCUUCGUUUCCAGGAAGAAUAUAGAACCUUAUCUUUAGUUAGCAAGGAUUUCAGAGCAUGUGAAGUCAUAAAUGUAGAGUUCAUGAUAGAUAACACUCAACUAGGUUUUCUUGUCAGUGAUGCUGAGAAAAAUAUUGUGUUAUACACAUAUCAGCCUGAAGCAAGAGAAAGUUGCGGAGGGCAGAGACUUAUGCGAAAAGCUGAUUUCCAUCUUGGACAACAUGGGUCUAAAUUUUUCAGAAUAAGAUGUAAACUAAAUGACAUUCCACCUGAUAGAAGACAAGCUAUGGGAGCAGACAAACGGCACAUCAAUAUGUUUGUUACCAUGGAUGGUGGCAUUGGCUCUUUGCUUCCUGUGCCGGAGAAAACCUACCGGCGUUUAUUAAUGCUUCAAAAUGUUCUUGUCACAAGUGUACAGCAUGUAGCUGGUCUCAAUCCUAAAGCUUUCAGAACAUACAAAAGUGCCAGAAAGUUAUUGAGCAAUCCAGCAAGAGGUAUAAUUGAUGGAGAAUUAGUUUGGAAGUUCUUCUCUCUGCCUGCCAGUGAAAAGGCAGAAGUUGCCAAGAAAAUAGGAACAAAAGUUGAUGAAAUUCUAGACGAUUUGCAGGACAUUGACAGAUUGACAGCACAUUUUUGAUUUUUCAUUUUCCUUUGUAUAAUUGUAAUUUAACUUUGUCUCAUUAAUAUGCUUUUAAAAUUACUAUCUGACUACCUUCGCUUGUAGGUUCUCGUGAUCAUGUGAAUAAGGUGGAGUGUAUUUUGAUUUGAAGCUGUUAAACACCAUCAUGAAAUGAAAAUAAAAUCAAUAAAAUA